AUGGCAGAGGAUCUUGGGAGCCAUGUGGCCAAGAAGACUGAAGAGCAGUCGGGUAGCGUCCUUCUCACAUACUUCCAAGGAGACAUUAGCAGCAUGGUGGAUGAACAUUUUACCCGUGCACUGAGCAAAGCAACAAAACCAAAGGAAGAACGCUCCAAAAACAAACGAAACCAAAAAUCUGCUCCAACAAAUGACUCAGGCCAAUGGGGAGCACAGUCACAAACAGGAUUCCAGUCCAUGCUUUUUUCAGAACGACUUCAUCCUGGAACAAGCAGCAAUCCUCAAUCAAACCCUCACAUGUCAUUGAAUCGCCCUCCAAACAGCGCUCUCCUAUGGUCAGGAGGUUCUAGACAGGACAUGAGUCUGGCUCUGCCGCCCAUGGUUUACCCCUCAGCUGUAUCCACCAAUGGUUUAAUGAUGUCAGAACACCAGUAUACUAAUUCUCUAUUAAACUUGGUUCACAAUGAUCGACCUGAACUUGGCUCAGUAGUGGUGGGCUCCUCCAAACAAGACUUGAUUUCUGGAUGGACUAAAUAUCCUGGAUUUGCUAACCAGAUGAGUUCUGACGUCAGCCUUGAUUCUGGUGUACAGGUGAUAGAAAAGAAGAAUUUUUAUUGGUAUUGAUCGAAUGUUGAAGAUUGUAUACCAAGAACGAGGAAGUGUGUAGCUCUCUUUCGUUUAACUGAACGAAAGUGACUGAAAGACCAUGCAAUGCUUAACCUGGAGGCGUCCGUGGACAACCUGUUCAAAAACAAGCUCUGCAUGUAUCACAGAAACAGGAGAUUGUACAAGAGAUUUGCCUUAGGCUCUUUGGUUAAAGAAGUUUCACACGCACACAAGAACAUGCAUGCAAACAUAUUUCCUGCAUGGGAUGAAAAUGAAAUUUAAACAUUUUAAGGCAGAAUUUAUCUGGUACAACUGGAUGCAUUUCUUGUUCUUUGAAGUUUUUAUGACAGAUAUCUCACAGGCACAUGAUUUAACCUGUCAGACAACCUGGUUGGAACAUUAAGUAACUUGCAAUAUAUGUUGACUGUAUUCAUGAUUAUAUUUUAUUUUUGUUUAAUUUUAACCCAGUGGCUGUGUUUGUCCAUUUGGCCAUGGGGUGAAACAAUCCAGCAUGGUGGAGAGUGUAGAUCCACUUGGACUGAAAUGAGCAGCAUUAAAAUCUAUAAAGUGGAGCCAAAGAUGACUGCAGGCUUUGAAAACAGUACAUACCAAUAAAAUGCUAUAUUAUAAUAGAUCCAAUGUACUAUCAUAUAUUCACUGCUAUUAAACAAAUUUUAAAACUGAAUUUUAACAGCACUGGUGAUGGUUUAAUAUACAGUAUAUGCUUAUUUUGUAUAGCAGUCAUUGAAUAUGUAAACACUGCGCCCUAGUGGCUAACAUGUACAUUGCACUGCAUAUCAUCAGCCUAUAUAAAAUUAAACUAAGAUCACAAGCAAGUCUGUAUCUUGGAGGAAGUGUUCAUCUCACAUUAUGAUUUAGCUACCAAACUCUAUUCCCCACCAUGAAUUCAAUUUAUAAACACAGAUGGACGAACAGCCAUUUCCACACCCCUGCAUGUGAAUUAUUGAUGCCCUUGCAGUACAUUUAGCAAUUACCCAUCUGGUGCCACACACGGCCAUUUCCAAAUUAAAAUGACCAAAGCCAAAGGUAAUCCCAAAUACAGACUCGCCUCUGGUGAGCAGCAUUCAAGUAGUCAAUACCUUCAUGAUUCAAUGGAAAUAAUGAGUCAUGAAUGAGAUGAAAACAACAUUUGGGUUUUGUUACGCCUAAAAUGCUUAAUAAUAGGAAUAAUGCUAAAUUAUAAUUUAAAAUAAAUCCGUUUGUGGUUGCAACCUACAUAAAUUGAUAUGGCUGAUCUUUUUUUUUUUAAUUACCAUAUUUCAACUCUUCUUAUGCCAUUUGUUGAAAGAAAUGUGUGUCUCAUAUUGUAUCAUGUGUCUCUGUUUGACUCUAGAUCACAGAAGUCAUGCAUACCAUACCUGUACUACAUUUAAUUUAGCACACUAUCAAAAGACGAGCGCUGUUAAUGUGCACAACAGAGAGAUUUUAUCAAUCCUCUGGCAUUUCAGUUUGCCUUUUGUGUCAGAGCUAAUUUUAGUGAAACCUUCCCUCUCCUCUUUCCACAUUAUAUGUACUUCUCAUAGUCUGCAGUGACACCUCAGAGAAUGCACAGAGCACAACUCAAUUAGUGGGAUGACCUACGAAUGAGUCAUAUUUAAUUGGACAUAUUUCAUUUUUGACAUUAUGCAUCAUUAUCUCACCUCUGUGUUGCCAUUUCUCAGGAUAAUGUGUAAUUUCUAAAACAAUACAGUCUGACAGCAGACUUUACACUUUUUAGUAACAACUGUGAGCUAUAACUGAUAACACUGACCAGCUUCUGUAUUAAUGAAGACUUGUAUGGAUUAUUACUGUCCAUGUAUCUAUUUCUACAUAAAAAAUAAACUGUUACUAAAGUG